AUGUCCAGGUACAGGUGCAGUCGCCGCACGGCCUUGACGGUGGCGUUCGUGUUUGCACUGGUGCUGGCACUGCUGAUGGUCAUGGUGGCCGUGCUGGAGUACCUCUGGCUGCGCGAUCGACCCGUGGUCAGAGGUCGGUUCGGCGCCGUGCGCGGACGGCGACUCGUGAUCAGCGACCAGGGCCAAGAAUUGACGGUUCACGCCUUCCUGGGCCUGCCCUUCGCCAAGGUGCCGCGUGGGCCACUGCGCUUCAAGCCGCCGCACCCGCUCGACUCGCCGCUUGGAGUGCGAAAACGACGGCGAGAAACCGCUGGACACCAAGGACAAGCGGCCACCGUGCCCGCAACAGGACUUCUACCUGGGCCGCGACAUCGUGAGCACGAGCAACGGCAGCGAGGACUGCCUUCACCUGAACAUCUGGGCGCCGCCUUGGAACUGCACCACGGGGAAGGAACUGGGCCCUUGCGACAAACGGCCCGUCCUGUUCUUCCUCUACGGGGCGGCCUUCCAGAACGGCGGGAACAGCUUCGAGCUGUACGACGGCCGGUACCUAGCCGCUCUCGGCAACCUGGUCGUGGUGGUGCCCAACUACCGAGUCGGCGCGCUGGGGUUCCUCAGCGGUCCCACGAAGAAGGGGCUUCCCGGCAACGCGGGCUUGCAGGACCAGCAGUUGGCGUUCGCGUGGACGUUGGCCAACAUCGUCUCCUUCGGAGGCGACACGUCGCAGUUGGUCCUCGCGGGUCACGACGCCGGGGCGUCGUCUCUGGGCUACCAUCUGUUCUACGGGAACACGGCGUUCUGGUCGCGCAAUGCGACGCGAUUCAUACUGCAGAGUGGAGGACCCUACCACAGAGGCAGCACGUCGAGGGCUCCGAGUUCCUCCUGGGCAGGGCGGCCAGCGAGGGCGUCUACACGUGGUUCGUAGCACAGCACCGGUCGGCGUCCGGCGAUGUCCGUCGACUGGCCGCACGGCUCCUCGGAGACGAGGUACUCGAGCGCUGGCAGACCGCCACGGGGAUCACGCUGGACGCAAAUUCUCCGGUUACGGCUUACCAGCAGGCCGUCGGUGACGUCUUGGAGGCGUGCCCCAUGACCGAGCUGGCCGAGCAGCUGCAAGCGUGGCAGAAUCGCGUCUACGUCUACGUGCUUGGCUACCGGCCCAGUUACUCCAGCUGGACGGACGAGAAUGAGACUGUGCACUUCGAGGACGUGGAGCUCGUGUUCGGCAAGCCCCUCAGGCACGGGGUGUCCUCCAGCGACGAGGACAAAAAGUGGUCCAGGACCAUGAUAGAGAUCUGGGCCACGUUCGCGCGUACGGGGAGGGCGCCACAUCUGGGGGACGCCAAAUGGACCCUGUACGACAGCGCCCACCCGAUGGUUAUGAAGCUGGGGCCCAAGGGGGUGGGCGAGCAAAGCGACGACAAGGCGCAGGAGUGCGUCAUCGUGCGGUCGGGACCGACCACGACUUCGACAGGCCACCACGGCAACGGCACGGCGCCGGUCGCAAGCGCCACUCGCGCCAGCACGACGCUUCGCGGUUGCGGCAUCGCAGUGGUCGCGCUAGUGUGCGCCAACGUCGCAUUGCGCGCGUGGUUGGUACUCGCACUCGUGUGACUAAGGUAGCCGGUUCGAACCCCGCCUUCCUCGACUACAUGGACGCUACGAAAGGCUGACGUGGUUUCUGGGGGCUACGCCUACACUUUGACGUUUCGGGGUGAUCUUCCUUUCGUUUUAGAAUAAUAACCCUUUUUUUUAGCGCGGCAUAAGGUAGAAUUAAAGCUGACAAACGAAUCGAUCUGCACCGGUAUCCGUGCUCUAACCCAAAUGCUAUCUGCAAAUAAAACGUGCUUACA